ACACACGCACGCAGGAGAAAAAAAAAAGAUCCCUUUUUGAUUCAAAGAAGCGAGAAAAGCUUUUGAAGGACCACCGGAGAGGAGAAUGGCUGCCCUCGGUCUGGAGAUAUUGGGAGUGACACUGGCGGUACUCGGGUGGAUCUCCAGCAUUGUGGCCUGUGCCCUGCCUAUGUGGAGAGUGUCUGCUUUCAUCGGGGUCAACAUCGUGACAGCGCAGAUAAUCUGGGAGGGCAUCUGGAUGAGCUGCGUGGUGCAGAGCACGGGGCAGAUGCAGUGCAAGGUGUACGACUCCAUGCUGGCCCUUCCCCAGGACCUGCAGGCGGCCCGGGCCCUCGAGGUCAUCGCCAUCGUCAUCGGGAUCCUGGCCCUGCUGGUGUCCAUCGUCGGGGCAAAAUGCACCAACUGCAUCGAGGACAAGGCGACCAAGGCCAAGGUGAUGAUCGCGUCCGGCAGCACCUUCAUCACCGCGGCCGUGAUGCAGCUCAUCCCGGUGUCCUGGUCGGCACACACCAUCAUCAUGGAGUUCUACAACCCCGUUGUCGUCGAGUCUCAGAAGAGGGAGAUCGGCGCCUCCCUGUACCUCGGGUGGGCCGCCGCGGCGUUCCUGCUCAUCGGCGGGGCCAUCCUCUGCUGCAGCUGUCCCCCGGAGAAGGAGGUGAGGUACGCCCCCGCCAGCCGGAUGGCCUACUCCACCAACAGGUCUGUGGCUCCUAGCAGUUAUGACAGGAAGGACUACGUUUGAAACUCUAAACAGCUCCUGUUGAAACUUUUGUUUUGGGGGGGGGGGUUUUGGGUGUUUUUUUGCCUUAUUGUCACAUUCUCCAGAUU